AUGCGCGUCUUUGUGACCGGCUCCACCGGCUUCAUCGGCUCAGCCGUCGUCAAGGAGCUCCUCUCCGCAGGACACAAAGUCCUCGGCCUAACCCGCAGCGAGGCCGGAAUCGAGCAACUUGAAAAGCAAGGCGCCCAAGCCCUGCACGGUACAAUUGAGGAUCUCGAACUCCUAAAGAAAGCCGCCUCCGAAUGUGAUGCCGUUAUCCAUCUCGCCUUCGUUCACGACUUCGCUGACUACGCUGGCUCCUGCGCCACGGACCGCACCGCCAUCACCGCCAUGGGCUCCGCUCUAGCUGAGGCAGGCGGAAACCGCGCCCUGGUCAUCACCUCCGGCACGAUGUUGCUCCCGCGCGGCAAGCUAGGUGACGAAGAUGAUGCUCCCGACAUGACCAACCCAAUGGCUGCCGCCCGCGGGGCCUCGGAGAAGGUCUGUCUUGAUUUUGCUAAGCAGGGUGUGCGGGCUAGCGUUGUGCGGCUCCCGCCUACGACGCACGGCCUCGGGUCCUCGGGUUUCAUGGGCCCAUUUGUGACCGUUGCGUUGCAGAAGGGUGUCGCGGCGUACCUGGGAGAUGGCGAGAACCGCUGGUGUGCUGGUCAUCGCGACGACGCGGCGAGGCUAUUCCGGCUUGCGGCGGAGAAGGGCGCGCCUGGGUCGAUCUUCCAUGCGGUGGGUGAUGAGGGUGUGCCAAUGAAGGAGAUUGCGAUUGCGGUCGGGAAAGAGUUGGAUGUUCCCGUCGUCAGUAUCCCGCCGGAGAAGGCAGAGGAGCAUUUUGGCUGGUUCUGGUUUGGUGCCGUGGCUGACAAUGUGGCCUCGAGUGCGAAAACGAGAGAGAGGCUGGGGUGGACUCCGGAGGGGGCGACAUUGAUGGAAGAUAUCCCCGUUAUUGUUGACUUUAUGAAGUCUCGGGCGGUGUAA